AUGGCGGCCGGCGACGCGGGGGACGAUGACUCUGCGACGGAUCCGGAGAUGCCGCCUUUGAUCCCCGUCUCCCCACAACCGCUGCCGGAACCGAAGCGAGCUCCGAAGCUGUCAGCGCUGCAGCAACUUCGCAACCGAGCCCGGGGCAGAGGCCGCGACGGCCGCCUUGGAAUCCGCGGUCGGGGCCGAGGGGGCGCCGCCAAAGCGCUGCCCAAGAAGUUGUCACGACUUCCUCUGAAGGAUCUGCCUCCAGUUUUCGCCGGUGCCGGUGCUCUCGGUGCCGGCCCCUUGCAGACCGUCGAGUUCGGAAAGCGUGCUGGCGAUCUGGCCGCAGCCCUGGAUAAGAUCACGUCGCCUGCCCUUGCUGCCUCUGCUGAGAACCCAGAGCCAGAGUUGCCGAAGAAGCGAUCCCGCCGAUACUCCCUGGAGGGGUCUUUGGAAGAAAUCGAGGUGUCCAAGGAAGCCCGAGCAAAGGCAGCUGCGAGCUUGGGCGAGGAGUUUGUGGACUCCGAGGCCUCGGAGAGCGACGAGGAGGAGGACGAGAACGACGACGACGAUGAGUGUGUUCCCAAGAGCAAGCGGAAAGGCGCCCAGCGCCGGCAGAAGGAGCUGCCUCCCGGUGCUCCCGCCGCGGUCUCUGCUUCGGAGGAGGUCCUGGGCGCUCUGAGCGCCGCCGCUGCUGCGGACGAGGAAGGUGCACCAGUGCUCCCCGGAGGCAGCUCCUUCGGACCUCGAUUCAAGAACCUCUCGCAGAACGAGUUGGUGGCCGCUCGAUCCAAGUGGCAGCUGCAUAGCCUGGCCGGAACCCAGGUGACGAGCUCGGAGGACAACCGAAAGGCUGCCGCGGACCUCUUUGCCAUCCUCCGACAGCGGCGGGAAGAGCGUGAGGGCAAAAGCCACGAGGGCAAGGAGGCCGCAGAGGUGCCGAGCCGCCCCGUUUUUCGGCGGCCGCCGGCACGGGCGCAGGCAGUCGAGGAAAGCCCGACUGCUGCAGCAGCACCGUCUGCGUUCACCACUCCAGGUGCGCGGAUACUGGAAGAGUGUGUGGCUGGUGCUGGACACAAAGGUCCAGGCCGCCGCAAGGCAGCGGAAGAUGUGCCUGUAGCCGUCAGCGCUGCGAAGAAACGGAAGACAGCCUCUGUAUGCAUUGCACAAGACGCAGAUGACUGA